AUGGCUUCGCACUAUCGAGACAACAUCCUCCACGGACGCGACCACCCAGACGAUCAUGCCUCAGACACUCGCUGGCGCCAUCAAGAAUCCGACGCUUUUCAUCGACAUGCUGGAAAAGCGGCAGUGGGCCCGCGGGAGGCUGAUUCGCGGCAUGGCAGUAAAGAUCUCGCAAACUUCUUCAACUCAACGAGAAUUGACCCUCCUGGAUCUGCGGGUUCAAGAACUGGAAAACACCAACCUAUUAUGGUAGCUGGAAAUGAACAUAAUGGAACUUCGACGGGCAAGAGUAUGGCUACGCAACAUGAUGGGACACACGGUGGAGACAAUACCGCUGGUAGUGAGAACACUUUGGAAGUAAAGUGCGGACCGCUUCUCAAUUACAGGCGCAUGGAGAACGAAACCUGGUUUGGAAGUGUUUUGAUUGUAACAAGAGGGGGUGGAUCUGGUGAAAGCCUAACAACCCCUGAGUUGACACUGAAAAUUAAUGGCAGUGGGCACCCUGCUGAGGCUUCUUCGACCGCAGGACAGUCUUUAGGGGCCAGUAUAACUGGAGCUGGAAAAGAGAAUUACGGGGUUGUUAAUGGAAUUGAUUAUGGUAGUUUCCAAGACCCGACAUCUUCUACACAAACCACGAGCAAUGGUACCAAUGGAAAUACUGCUGCCACAGAAAUUGGGAAAGGCUCCUGGGAAGUCAAGAUUCCCGGUACCAGGCUAUACUCCGACCCUGCCAAUACAUUCUGGCGGUUCAACCUCGAGGUUCCUAUGCAGCAGGCCGAAAUUCAAUGCGAAUAUGCUAUUUCUGGAGCAGAAUUCACACAUGCCAAAAGAGGAGCCAAGCAACGCUUCUACGUACCGGCAAUUACGGAAUCCAUGCGAAUCAUGUUCCAUUCUUGUAAUGGGUUUAGUGUUGGAACUGAUGAGGCUGCAUGGAGCGGUCCUUGCCUGUGGAACGACGUGAUUCGAGUCCACGAGAAAACCCCUUUCCAUGUCAUGCUAGGAGGUGGAGACCAGAUCUAUAAUGAUGGAAUACGUGUUAAUGGGCCACUGAGAGCUUGGACAGACAUUGCUAAUCCUAAGAAAAGAAGAGAGUUCCCGUUCCCGGAAUCCUUGAGAAGGGAUUGUGAUGACUAUUAUGUGAACAACUAUAUUCGCUGGUAUGGGACGGAACCUUUCGCUAGCGCCAAUGGGCAAAUAGCUCAACUCAAUAUAUGGGACGAUCACGAUAUUAUUGAUGGAUUUGGCUCAUAUAUCGAUGAAUUUAUGAGAUGUGCAGUUUUCAAAGGCAUUGGCGGCGUGGCAAACAAAUACUAUCUUCUAUUUCAGCAUCACCUUGCACCACCGGCCUCGAGUUUCAUUACAGGUAGGCUGUCGAGCGAUAUACCAACUCACAGUCCUGAACCUUCAGAAGAUGCUCCCCAAACAACCACGGCAGAUGACGCCCGUCCCAACCCACAACAACUCGAGAAUACAUUUGUGCUGAAUGAAGCUAUCGAUUCCAGCUACAUCAUUGGUCAUAGACCUGGCCCAUAUGUGACAGAGCAUUCACGCAGUAUUUACGCUAGGCUCGGCGCACGGAUUGCGUUUUUCGGUCUCGAUGCUCGAACAGAGCGAACGCGGCACCAAGUUAACUACCCGGAAACAUAUGAGAUUAUUGCCAAGAGACUUCGGGACGAACUUGCUGCGGCAAAGGCUUCGUCCUCUCCCAUCCAGCACCUAGUUGUUCUUCUAGGGAUUCCAAUUGCUUAUCCUCGUUUAACUUGGCUGGAAAACAUCUUCUCCAGUCCGGUGAUUGCACCAAUUAAGUUCCUGAAUAAGAGAUUUGGAUUCGGCGGGGGCUUCUUUAAUCAUUUUGACGGCAGCGUUGAUCUUUUAGACGAUCUUGAUGAUCAUUACACAGCACGUACGCACAAGAAGGAGCGACUGAUGCUGGUACAUAAACUGCAAGAGCUGGCUUCUGAAUUUUCCGUGCGAGUCACCAUUCUUGGUGGCGAUGUACACUUGGCUGCUGUUGGUCGCUUUUACUCGAAUCCACAACUCAAUGUCCCAAUCGACCAGGAUCAUCGCUAUAUGGUUAACAUCAUAUCAUCUGCCAUAGUUAAUAAACCUCCUCCACAAGCUGUUGCCAACCUCCUCGCCAAGAGAAACAAGCUACACCAUUUGGAUCUCAACACAGAUGAGACCUUGAUGAGAUUCUUCGAUAAGGACCCCGGCACCGUAACCAAGACUUCGAACUCGAACAAAGUGACAAUGCCAAGUCGAAAUUGGGCCAUGCUCACGGAAAACCACCACGGCACUCAGAUCCCAAAUGGACAUACGACAAAUGGAUACGCAAACGAGGGCGCUGAAACCGCAAACCCAUCUGUUGAGACGAUACCAAAAGCUAAAGAUGGACAUUCGUGGCUACACAAGGGCGAGGUAGAUGCGGGAACUACACACAGAGCAGCGAAUAGUGAAAGACAUGGCAGAGAUAAUGAUGGCAGUCUUGAUGUCUGUAUCAGAGUUGAGAUGGAUCAGCAUGAUCCAGAGGGCAAGACACAGCCUUAUGGGAUGACAAUCCCUAUGCUGGCGUAUGCAGGUGCUGCAGACCAAACUUUGAGGAAGCGUGAUCGCUUACCUGGGUCGUCGCAUGGACGGGCUUCGAUUGCUUCGCGAGGUGCUUCACGUGGGGCUUCACGUGGAGAGGCUUGA